UUGGGCCAGAGUCGGUGGCUCAUCGGAGCGCGUCUGAUUUCAGGUCCGGGAGGUUGAAAGAACAGGAGUGUUACUGUUACCAGAUAUUUAUGGACAAGCAGGAGAAUUUGGUGGUGCCCAAUGUCCAGCAGCUGGUAGAACAUUCCUUCCUCACCUCGGACCUCAAGCUGGUGGAGAUCCCGUCCUGCUUUAUUCUCCAAAUGCCUCGUUUUGGGAAGGAGUACAAAAUGUUCAGCAAAAUCAUCCCUUCCUUGGAGCUGGAUAUCACUGACCUGCUGCUGGACAGUCCCCGGGAGUGUUUCGUAUGUGGAGAUAUCGCCACUCAGGAGUGCUCGGCGUGCUUCAAAGACAAGAUGUUCGCUGGCACGGGGCUGAAGCAGUUUUGCGACUCGUGUUGCAAUCAG